AUGGACUCUUGGGCUUUCUGGGCACCGCUGCGAGACUUUGCCGCGGCCGGCAAUCCCAUUUUUGGCACCUGCGCCGGGAUGAUCCUGUUGGCCAAAGGCGUCUCCAACCCGCCGCAGAAGUCCCUCGGCCUGAUCGACAUCGACGUCGAGCGCAACAGCUAUGGCCGCCAAGUCAAUAGCUUCGAGGGGACGGGCGUUUGGGCGGCGGAUGAGCAACCGCGAUCAUUGCCGAUGAUCUUUAUCCGCGCGCCCCGCAUCGCGCGGUUGGGCGACGGGGUCGCGGCGCUGGCGACCUGCGGCGACGAUGUGGUCGUGGCGCGCCAAGGCCAAAUGCUCGUCGCCUCAUUCUCAUCCCGAACUGACCAGCGAUUUGAGCAUCCAUCGCUAUUUCGUCGCUAUGGUUGGGCGCUAGGCAGACGUGCUGCUGAGAUCCGCAUCGGAUUGUGCUAUCAACAUCUAAAAGGAACCGUCCAUGAUCGUCGACACCCACGUACACAUCUGGGAAAUGUCCGAGAAAUAUCCCCAUCGGACCCACGGCCCCCAACUGGACCUCCGAGCCGGACGAACCCGCCACCGCCGACGAGUUAA